GCCCGAACCGCGACCAUUUUCUGCGGCGUCGCUGCCAUUUCGCGCAGGGGGGGCGCGGCGCCUGGCGGCCCGGGAGGGCCUUUCCAGCUUUCUGGAAGCUGUGCGUUUUGGAUCUUUCUGAUGCUCCUCAGAAGUAAAACCACCUUUGGCGGUGAAACAAUCAGUUCCAAGCGUGGCCGCUUUCCCCAGCUGCCUGAACAGCCGCUGGAUCCGGAGGGCAGUUGUGCGGACGUGAUGGAGCUCCUAGAAGAAGAUCUCACCUGUCCCAUUUGCUGUAGCCUGUUUGAUGAUCCUCGUGUCCUGCCCUGCUCACACAACUUCUGCAGAAAGUGUCUGGAGGGAAUAUUGGAUGGAAACGUGCGGAACGUGCUGUGGAGGCCAUCCCCUUUCAAAUGUCCCACGUGCAGGAAGGAAACUCCUGUUACUGGAGUCAACAGCUUACAGGUCAAUUAUUCCCUGAAGGGUAUCGUGGAGAAGUACAACAAAAUCAAAAUAACUCCAAAAAUGCCUGUGUGCAAAGUGCACAGCGGGCAACCCCUGAACAUUUUUUGCCGGACAGACAUGCAGCUCAUCUGUGGGGUUUGUGCCACCCGUGGUGACCAUACAAAGCACGUGUUCUGUUCCAUCGAGGAAGCUUAUUCCCAGGAGAAGCGGGCUUUUGAAACCCUGUUUCAGGGCUUUGAAACGUGGCGUUGUGGAGAUGCGCUCUCUCGGCUGGAUACCUUGGAAACCAGUAAGCGGAAAGCUCUGCAGAUGCUGACCAAGGAUUCUGACAAGGUGAAAGAAUUCUUUGAUAAACUGCAGCACACGCUGGAGCAGAAGCGAAAUGAGAUUCUCUCUGACUUUGAGACCAUGAAGCUUGCAGUGAUGCAGGCCUACGAUCCGGAGAUCAAUAAACUGAACUCGAUUCUGCAGGAGCAGCGGAUGGCUUUUAACAUUGCAGAGGCCUUCAAAGACGUGUCAGAACCCAUUGUAUUUCUGCAACAGAUGCAGGAGUUCAGGGAAAAAAUCAAAGUGCUCAGAGAAACCCCUUUACCUUGUUCCAGUGUGGACAUCACCCCUACAAUGAAGAGCUUUGAUACCAGCCAGUGGAAUGGAAUCAAAUUGGUUGACGUGGACAAACUUUCUUUACCUCAGGAAAACAGCAGUCUGAAAUUGAAGAUUCCCUCAGUCUUUUCACGCAGAUUUAUAGUAGCCUCUCUCAUCUGCUUGCUUAUUCUUGCUGUCACCAGAAUGUCUUUUGUGGAGUCUGUGGUUGACAACUUCCAGUGCUGGAAAUCUCAGUUCUUUACCAUUAGCUUGUCCUACCUGGCAGAUACGGUGGAGAUAGCUGAUCAUGCAGUCUUUUAUUGGGAACAGAUGACUGAUGGAGCCUCACUUCUGAGUGAGAAAUGUAAAAACUACACGUUGGUUGUACUGGAUAAUGUUGCACAGUUUGUGUGCAAGUAUAAACUGUUGUGAAGUCCUUACUGAAACGUAAGAAGUAAAAGAGAUUUGAUGGGGAAAAAAAGCAUAGAACGUUGUAAAAUUAAUUAU